AUUCGCACGCCCGCCGCCCGCCGAGCCCGCGAGCCGCGGUUCAGUGUACGUGCGACUGUCCGCGCUCGAAGACGACGUGCUGCGCCACGCGCACUUUACUUAUUACGCAGUUACGAACUAAGACGACCGCGUGGACGCACCGUGUUCUCGCCCGCGCUCUUUUUAUUCUAUAACUUUUUUUUUAUUCCUCGACGAUCUAAGAACUAAGUGAUAACCGGUAUCGGUGCCGAAAACUAAGUGCGAUCGAACUGGAAUAUACGCAGUGAUCUCCGGAACUAUAAGCGACGGUGACCAUCGUAGGCCGGCGAUACGCCGUAUCGCGAGCCACGUUACAAGGUUAUCGCGCCUCUAGCCCGCCAGUGAUGAAUUGGAAAAUCGGCGCGUAAACGCUCACGUGGUGCGCGCCCCGCCCCCGCCUCGUUCCGCACUUAUAUUUAGCGAAAAUCGCCUCUCGGGAGCGGCCCGACGGCAGAUACGCUUGGUGCACGUCUCUGUUUAUGAACGUUAACGAGACGACACAUGUUAUUGGCUGCGUAUAACACAGCCGAUAAGGAGAAGUUAGAUAACCUCUCCGGGCCGCCGCUCGACUGCGACGACGUUCUGGAAAUAGAAAGAAGUGCGACGUACGACGGCCGCGAGAGCGUUGUGAUGGUAACGGGUGGUGUGCACGGGCGCCGGUGAGCGCGCUCUCGACACGCCCCUGCUAAACAUUUCCACGACUACACAAGUAAACACCGAGGACAUGUCGUUACCGGGCUGUAGUGGUUAUCAGAGUCCAUGGUCCUCGCAGACGGGGCUAUCGGAGAUCGAGGGUACGAUGGGGGACUUGGAGCCUCUAGGAGAGCUCGCGGAGGUGGGCUUUGAACCACAGACGCGUGCGCGUUCCAACACGUGGCCGCUGCCCCGUCCUGAAAACUACGUGGACCCGGCAGAAGAAUCCAGUUCGAAGAAAAAUUCCAAUCAGAACUUGACCGGUGCGCCUCCAUUACCGACGCCGGUGGGCAAGAAGAAUUCGUCCCGACGUAACGCAUGGGGCAAUCUCUCCUACGCGGACCUCAUCACGCAGGCCAUCACCUCCGCACAAGACAACAGACUUACCCUGUCACAGAUCUACGAGUGGAUGGUGCAGAAUGUGCCAUACUUUAAGGAUAAGGGAGAUAGUAACUCAUCAGCUGGAUGGAAGAACUCAAUACGACACAACUUGUCAUUACACAAUCGGUUCAUGAGGGUCCAGAACGAAGGUACAGGUAAAUCGUCGUGGUGGAUGAUUAAUCCAGACGCAAAGCCGGGCAAAUCGGUCAGAAGACGAGCAGCGUCCAUGGAAACGUCAAAGUUUGAAAAACGAAGAGGUCGAGUCAAAAAGAAGACCGAAGCUCUAAGGAACGGUGCAACCGCAGACGCAACUCCCAGCCCCAGCAGCUCCUUGUCGGAGAGUCUCGACAUGUAUCCAGAAUCACCUUUACCCAGCAGUGGUUUUCAGUUGUCACCGGAGUACCGACAGAGGGCGUCGUCGAACGCGUCGUCCUGCGGCCGGCAGUCACCCCGGCCCUCGCUACAACCUUCAGAACCGGACUGGGUCACAGAUUCCUACAACCCAGCAGAUCUGUGCUCUAGCGACUUCACGGCCGGUGAUUUCGCAUCGACCAGUGAUUUCCCGCAAAUCGACUACGCACAAGAAGAACAGUUGGCUGGUUCCCUAGCUGACUCUAUGAAACUACAAGGCGCCGACCCAUUCCUAAAUACAUACGUGCCAACUACGUCGUCUUCGGGCAGCGGCUACCGGUACUCGUUCGCGUGCCCGCGUCACCCACACGGCGCGUGCGGCUGCUCGCUGUACCACCCCGCGCACCCCGCACACCCGCACCAGCACGCCCUUGACCACUUCGUGCGACCCCCGCCGCCAGCCGACCCCGCGGACAUUAUGCACGCAGAGAACACAAGCCGUAUGGUGACGACGGAUCCAGCGUUGAUGAAUGGUGGUAUGAUGGUACAAACUGGUGCGCUUGGCCCGCCGGGUCUGGGGCCCACCACUGUAAUGGGCCAGAUCAUGGGCGCGCUUAACGCCGGUUUGUCGGAGGACCUCAACAUCGAAGCGUUGGAGCACGAAUUCGACUGUAACGUCGAUGAGGUCAUAAAACACGAACUAAGUAUGGAGGGAACGUUGGACUUUAACUUCCCGCAGCCGCACAGCGCGAUGGCUGCAGAGGCCGAGAGCCAGUUCCAGGCGCCCGCGCCGCCUGUGCCCACCACGCUGUCCGGCGGCGGGGCCCCACGAACCCCAUACUCCGUCGCCCCCUCCUGGGUCCAUUGAGCGCGAAACUAAAGGCCCCGACACACUACACCCAUUCGUAGAUCGGUCGACGUUCGGAUAAUCUCGAUUCGGGUUUAGGUUUUAUCCUUGUUGUAAAUAAGACGCGAACAGAUCAUGUUUAAGGUCCCUUUUUGUUACUUUAGCGUAUUUAGUCGAGAUUUUUUUUUCAUUGUUACGUUAACUAAUGUUAAAAUUUUAUUUAGUGUUAUCGCUAAGUGAUGUUACCGAUCGUUGUUGAUGUGUCAAUUGUGUUAGGUUAGGAUUUAGUGUUAAGCUAGGUGGAAGCUUGUGAUAUAGUUAGGCUUGUUGCUUGGAGCGAGGCGGGGCGGGGGCGAGACGGGCACCACUUACUGCGGGCGGGCGCUACACCUGAAGAGUAAGGUCGCUAAUACACAAUUCGGAGAAUAUCGGGAAGUUUAACUCCGUUAUGAAUACGGUUGUGAUAAAUAACUACAGUCUUACCCGGUCGUCAAGGUGGACCUCAAAUAUGGACAAACAUCAGACUAAAAGUGGUUAAAGUGGAGUGAAAAACAGUAGAAUGACGUUGAGUGAACGAUACUGUUUCUUGAACUAAGAAUUAAAUGUUUAGUUAAAAAAAAUUGACCUCGCGUACUUUAUUUGUUCGGUUUUAGAAACUAAGAUCUUACCCCGGUGUGUGUUGAGAGAAUGGGUUCUACAGUAAACCUUAACUAAACGCAGUAUGGUUGAAAUUUCAAUGGUGCACGUAAUUCUGUAUUUGGUAUUUAGAGACCCAUCUUUCAAUACGCCGGGCUAUAGCACUUAUUUGUAUUUUUGGUAUUUUAAAAUUGGACUGAUUUGCAUCAUUCAUUGUUACUGGCAAUAUAUAGUUCUUUUUUUAAACUGUUGUUACAUUUUUUUUUUGUUAUCUAUCAAAAUAAUUCUGUCACUAUACUUAUCCGUGUAUUUUUAUAAUCUGUGUGAUUGUAAUGACAGAUAAAAAUUGCAUAUUUUUGUAAAUUAUGUAACAAAAUUAUUUGGCUAUACAAGAAUUACCAUAUAUUCUAAUUAAAAUAGCAAUUGCACAUUCUAAAAAAGUAAUGCAACAUAUUAAAAAUAACAAAACAAUUCGAUAAAAAAAUAAAUGUUUUUGCAAUUUGCAACCAGACUGAAUAAAAUCUAAAUUUUCACAUACGUUAACACUAAUGCAUUCAAAAUGUCAUACGUGUGCCUAAUAGGUUAAAAAAACUGUAAAUAUCAAAGUUUCUAUUUACAAUGGCGGAUUAUAAAAAAACAAGGCGUUCUUAAGUUGACGCACAAAUUCCAUUUUAGUCAGAUCUCUAGUCCAAAAUGUUAAUUUUCUUGAUUAAGCUACUCCUCAUUUGAGCUCAGAUUAUAGCAAAAAAAAAUACGUUCUGUGAAUUACCUCAGUGGACUGUAUGUGAUAGAUUUAGCCAAUAAGUGUUCAAUUUAGUACGUUUUACAUAUUAAGUCAAUUCUUGUAAUGUUUGGCGUCCAUAUGAUGUAGAAAUGUUUUAAGAUCGAUAUUCGGCCAUGUUGUUUUAUAAUCGAACUGUUGACAUAUAGAUGGGGUCGUUCCAAUGGUAUUUCGGGAACAUUCAAAUAAGUGGGAUGAGUAAAUCUUAUGUUUUAUGUUGGGUGCACACGUACCGAAUAGAUGCGAAGGAUAACAUCUCAUUCAAACUUUCGUCAGACAUUAUCAAAAUAAUGUAAAACAGCUAAAAUGCUCACGUAUGUUAGUCCGAAGUCGACAACGAUUAGUUUCACUCAGUGAGCGACGGGCCGCGUCCGAUACAAUUCAAUGAUAAAGGUCCUCAGACGACCUCGAAUCUAGUCGGUGCCGACACCAACAUACAUGAGUGUUUUAGUCGUUUUAUUUAUUAGUAUAUAUUAAAUCUUGUUCAUUCGGUACAUAUAAUUUUGGGUCACCACUACUGUAAUAUACAAAAACAUAUAUCAGUUGAGUAUAGAUGACAAAAUGUUUUUAUAUGAGUGUAUUGAGAGUGGGAACCAACAGUAACUCAGACUUUAUGUUGAGGGUAAAUAGUCUGGAUUUUGAAUUAGAAGAGAAAUCCUAACGUUUUUUAAAAGUUUAACAGGCAUAAAGAUGUGUUAUAAGAUGAGAGAAAUGAAAUAGAUACGCAAAUAUGAUGAAAUAUAUAGAAAUGUAAAGAUGGAUUCAACAUGUAAAUGACUUCAAAUCAUUAUUGUAAUUUUAAUAUUCAUCGCUUCUUUUUUUUUUGUUUUUUUUUUAAUUAGCGUUAUCGCAGCUGAUGUUGGUGCUAUAGAUACCUGUUAAUAGCUCCCAUAAAAGCUAAUUUUUCGAACAUUGUACUCUGGAACGUGUUGCGACAAAUUUAAAAUUUAUCCAAGAAUAUGUCUUUGGAUUUAUCACAUAGUUAUUUUUUAAUAAAAAUUAUGUAGAUAGAUAAGAAUUAGUAUGUAUAGAUGUAGACUUAAAGUCGAGUUACUAUCAUUGGUAUUUUGGAUGUUGGACAUCGAUGUUGUAAGGCCUGUUCACACUAUAGGGUAAGCUAAGCACAAUGCAAACGAAUCGUGUUCCGAAAAUUUUUAGUAGCUCGUGUGAGCUUGCCCUUAUAAUUUUAGUGACGUUUGCCAAAUAUUUGAAAACAUGUAGCGUGUGAAAUCUUUUAAAAGGAUAAGGAAUUCGCAUCUAUUUUAUAUUUAUUUAUGU